CAAGUCACUUAACCCCAAUUACCUCACUAAAAAAACAAAACUAAAGUUUUCUUUAUUUGGUGCUAGGGGAAGUGACCCAGUGGGAAGUCAAAAGACUUCACCCCUCCAGGAGGGUUUAGAAACAUUCCCUCCCAGAACACAGGGAAGAAAAAAGCUUUCAUAGAGGAUAGAAGGGGUAUCCACUGGAAAACUGGAAAGUUCCCUUUUGGGGUGGGGUGGGAAAAGCUUGGAUGCUUGUCCUAUUCCUGAAAGUCGAGGGAGAUUUUUUGUGAAUGAUGGUCCUGACCUUUGGGUUAUUCUCUGUCUCCUAGCUCAGGUCAGGUAGUAGCCACACCUAAUGGACUUUUCUGCUGUAAGAUUUUAUCUCCCCAUACUUCUUAGGUGUGCCCGUCCUGAUAUCGAGCUGGUCCAUCUAAACUUUAAUAGUCCCUUGUUUCCUCCAUAUGGCUGUUCUGUUGUCUGGUCAUCUUUGGUUUUGCUUCUCAAAGGAGAAACUUCUGAUUUACUCCAAGCCCAUGCCACAUUCCUGUGAAAAAGCUCAUUGCCCAGCUUGCCAAAACAAGGCUUCUAGCUAUGCUGUGGUGUCCUUAUGGAGCUGUAGCUGCCUUGGUGAAAACUGACUGAUGCACACAGCCCAUGGGCAGAGCCCUGACUUCCUAGGGCCCAGUGGAGUUCCCCAGAGGCCAGACCACCAGGAUUUACAUUCAUUCCCCCACCUCCUUGGGUUUGGCUCCCUCCUCCCCACACUGUUUGUUCCUCGUCUGUCUGAACUGUACACUCCCAGCUCAGAUUCCCACUCGCAUUUUUAAAAAAUCAGCCAAGGACAGCAUUUUGACAAAUCCGGUCAACAGCCCCAAAUUUAUAUCACUUCUAAGAAGCAAGAUACCCAGCACAAAAAUAGAACAGAAAGAGCCCUUUGAAAGGGCCUCCCCUCACAUUCAGACUGUUGGUCUCCCAGGGUCCCAAAGGAUGUACUCUGCAUUGUCGAUUCAAGGUCGCCUCCAUUGGGAAGAGAUAGUCAUCCCUCCCUCCCUCACAAACAGUCUGGAGAAGGCAUUUCUGCCACCUUAAUCUCAUAAAAGCCCCAGUUAGCCAAAGGCUUGGUCACAAGCAGCCCAAGAUGAGGGGUUCACUUCUGGCUUUGCUCCUGCUCUUGCCAGUGAUGUUUCCUGUGCUGAGAGGAGAGCCCCCCAAGAAGGGGCAAGCAGAUGGCAAUGCCAAGUUACCACCAACUGUGGCCAAGAGCCUGGUGGCCCAGGACCAGAGGAGGGAGAGGUCAGAGAAGCUUCUUAAUUCAGAUGGGGAAAAUCCUCACAAUGGAGCUUCAUCCCCAAGGAGCCAAAAGACCCCUGGGAGUGAGGUCCACCUCCCUUGGCCCUUGUUUGCCCAGGAUGGCAGUGCCUCUGAUCUAUGGACUGGGCCUAAGCCCCACCCUUGGUCCUUGGGGGGCCUAAAAAACCCAGUGUGCUGGGUAAAAGUGGGCAGGGGUGGUGACAGGGCCACAGGCCCCCUCCAGGUGGUGGGGGCUCUCAGUGGUUAUGAGAGGGGCUUUGUGGAAGCGCUGAGACAGGCCCGCUGGGACCAAGACCUGGCCACCUUUGGGAUCUGCCCCCCGGGGGGCACAGGAGUUGCUCACCUCUCUCUACAGCGUUUGAGGGCGCGGCUGGUGGAGCCGGGCGGGUGGAGCCUCGUGGUUCUACAUCUGGAAGAAGUGACAUGGGAGCCCGAGUUGAGCCUGUGGUUCCAGGAGCACCCCCCACCACUUCAAGGAGCCGGCAGCCCAGAGCUGGCCCUGCUGGUGCUGUAUCCUGGGCCAGGGAGAGGCGAAAUCCGGCCUGGGCAGGAGUUCCAGGUCACUGGAGCCGGACUACACGCUGGGCAGAGCCUCUGUGUCUCCUUGGACACCCAAUACCUGGUGCUGGCUGUGGAUGGAACAGCUGGUGAUGGGCUCUCCCUUGCUUUGCAGCCCCUGGGUGGAGCUGCCACUGCAGGCCCCUCUCUGGCCACCCCUGCACUCCAGGCCCUGCUCUUUGGUCUCGACCACAAGUGCUUCACGAGGAUGACCCCAGUCCUGCUCUUGCUGCAGCGGCACAGCUCGGGGGCUAAGCCCAACCCCAGUCCUCUCCCAGCGGAGGGCCGGCUAGACACGGCACCGUACCCACUGCCCAGGCCAUCAUCCCAGCCACCUGCCACAGCAGCCUCCCCGAGUCCCACAGACCCCUUCCUGGAGACCCUGACCCGCCUGGUCCGAGGAGUCCUAGGCCCUCCUUCCAGCCCCCACCCGCUGCGCCUGGCCCUGGACCCUGAGGCCCUGGAGGCCCUCCCAUAUUGGGUUUUCAAUCUCAGCGACCCUGCCACCCUGGAACAAUUGGUGGAGUCGGAGGAUCCACUGUUGCUCCUGUUUCCUGUGGGAAGCCCGGCUCUGCUGGAAGACCUGGCCCGACGAUGGCAGGCCCGGGAGGGUCCAGCCCAGCACUUGGCGGGCAAGCUGCAGACUGUGGCGAAGGAGCUGCUGGGCCUGCCUGCCCUGCAACCCCAUGCUGAGCUCCUGCACCAACUUUUGGCCCUCUGCACAGCCCCUACUAACAGCAGCGGAGGCGGCGGCCAGACCGAGGGGCAGGCCCAGGCCCCGGCCAGCCAGCUCCGGGCCCUGCUGCUGCUGAAGGCCCUGCAGAGCCUGAAGGCCGAGUGGCGAGAGAGGAGGAAGGCUUCCCGGGCCCUCCGAAGUGCCAGGCUGGGAAGGGAUGGUACGUGCCGGCUUCAGGAGCUGAGUGUGGACCUACGGGCCGAGAAAUCCGUGCUCAUCCCAGAGACUUACUUGGCCAACAACUGCCAGGGCCCCUGCCGCUGGCCGCAGUCUGACCGAAGCCCCAACUACAACAACCACGUGGUGCUGCUGCUAAAGAUGCAGGAGAGAGGGGAGCCCCUGGGCCGGUCCCCCUGCUGCGUGCCCACUGCUUAUGCUGGGAAGACUCUCAUCAGCCUCUCUGAAGAGGGCCUGAGUGCCCGCCUCAUGCCCAACAUGGUAGCUACAGAGUGUGGUUGCCGGUAGGCUCGGCCAACCCCGUCAAGUCCUGGCUGCCUGCCUGCCGUUGAUGCCUCCGCCUCAUCGCCCCAUCCUGACCUGACUCUGGCUAGUGGCCUUCCCCUCCCUGCCCCCACUACCCACAUCUAACCCACCUGCCUGCCUGGAACCUCUCUCUGGAUUCUGGGCAGGCUGCCCCUCACCACCAUCGCUCCAUCCCCACAGUAGCCUCCGAGAUGGGGAGGUCCCUAGCAUCGGCCCUCUCCUCAGCCCCAACGGAUGGCCUAUAUAUGGGGCUAAGGCCCUGCCUGCCCUCUGUGGUAGCCAGGCCAGGCCUUCUCCCCUCACCCCCUCCUUCCCUCCCCUAGCCUCCUUUUGUACCUCCCCACCCUCACUAAGCCAGUGCCCACAGCAGGCCCGGAAUGAGAGGAUCUGGGCCAGGGGGUGGAGUCACAGCUAUCCAGGUCUUUGCUGUGGGCACUGUAUUGGGCACGAGAGCAGCCCCGGACACUAGUGUCAGUGGAGAGAGGUGGGAUUGGGCCCAGAGCUGGUUGGGGCAGCACCCAAACAGGCUCUUUGUGCUCAGGAAGUAUCCAGCCCGACCGUGGCACUGAGAGAAGAUGGGAGCCCAAAGCCUGCUCCAUAUUUAUUUGGAUCAACUGCAACAUUGUUCA